AUGCACAAAAGAUUUCGUUGUGGUCUUUUGAUGCUUACCAAAGAUGGUAAAGUAAAAAAGCUCGAUCUUGAAAAUGGUGGUGGUUCUCGUUUAUGUGAUUGGUUUAACAAAGAUAUGACUUUAAAUGAUAUUUAUCGUCUUAUUCUCAACAUAUUCAAAUUAGGUAAUUUGACGAAAAUAAAUGUUGAUAAUUUCAUAUCUCAAUUUUUGUUUUAUGGAUCACAAGCAGAUACUGAACUUGAAACGUCAUUAUAUGAUUUUCAAUUGCAACCAUUGGAUGUUAAUCAAUAUGAAACAUUUCUUGAGUACAUUGAUAGGAAUGGAUUGAAUUGUACAAAAUAUUCAUUUAUAAAUUCGAUUAAUUCUAUCAUGAAAAAUAUUGAUGACUUGAUGAGUCAAAAUAGUUAUGAUGGAAUUUUGAUUAAAUUGUUUGAGAAUAUGUGUAUAAUUCAUGGUUAUUCAUUUUUAACAAUUAAUGCAAUAAAACAACAAAUUCGACGAUCAAAAAAAGAUUUUCAAUCAAUUAAACAAUCUGAUAUUACACUAUAUUCGAAUUGUUUAAAUAAUAUUUAUAUUAGUUGUGAAUUAACAAUAAAAUUACUUAAACGGCAAAAAAAUAGAUUUAGUCAUAUUCCACUUUAUUCAAUGACUCGUGAAUCAUUUAUUGAAUUUUAUCAUAACUUAAAGUUCUUGAACAAUGCAAGAGAUUUAUUAAAUGCUAUGAAUGAACCACGUUUAUUAACAUUUCCCGCACGGCUUACACCUCUACAUGCUGAUAAUUAUGGCCCAAGUGAAAUUCGAUCAUAUUCAUCAUUUAAAAGUGAAAGUUUAUCGCAGCGUAUUGAAAAUACAAAUAAACGAAAAUUUCAUAAAUCUAACUAA